CAGCUACACUAGUCCCACCUGCCUGCGUUUGGUCCAUAUCCCUCCAAACCUGACCUAACUGUACCUGUGCCUGUCUAACUGCUUCUUAAACAUUGGGAUAGCUCCCCCUAAAAACCCCUUAGAUGGUGGGGAGGUCAGUACCUGUGCUACUCUGGAUCUACCUCAACUACCUCCUCUGGCAGCUUGUUCUAUGCACCAACCACACAUUGUGUGAAAAAGUUACCCCCUCAGAUUCCUAUUAAAUCUUUUCCCCUUCACCUUAAACCUAUCUCCUCUGGUUCUUGAUUCAUCUACUCUGGGCAAGAGACUCUGUGCAUCUACACGAUCUAUUCCUCUCAUGAUUUUAUACAUCUCUAUAAGACCUCCCCUCAUCCUCCUGCACUCCAGGGAAUAGGGACCCAGCCUACUCAACCUCUCUUUAUAGCUUAGACCUUCUAGUCCUGGCAACACCCUCAUAAAUCUCUGUACCCUUUCCAGCUUGACAACAUCUUUCCUAUAACAUAGUGCCCAGAUCUGAAAACAAUACUGAGAUAUAUUGAAAAUGUGCUGAGAUAUAUUGAAAAUCUUCAUUUUACAUGCUAUCCCGGUAAACCAUACCGUACAGGAAUACAACAAGUAAUGCAAAGAGAAAGCAAACAGAGUUCACAAUAUAGCGUUGCAGCUACAGUGGGCGUGCAACCAAAAGAAAGAUCAAGGACCACAAUGAGGUAAUUCAAAUUCAGAAAUAGACACAAAUUGCUGGAGUAACUCAGCGGGACAGGCAGCAUCUCUGGAGAGAAGGAAUGGGUAACGUUUUGGGUCGAGACCCUUCUUCAGACUCAUAUACAUAGUUUUAAUUCAGUUUAAUUUAUUGACACAUACCGAGGUGCAUGUGUCAAUAAAGUUUUCUGUUGCGCGCUAUCCAGUCAGUGGAAAGAUUGCACAAAGGACAAAGGACAUUUAUUGUCACAUACACCAAUUGUUGCAGUGAAAUUUGAGUUACCAUGCAACACAUAAUUAAGAUAAACACAACACUUUAGAGUUUAACAUAAAAUAUAAAAAACAUCCAGUGGAAUCUACAUUUCCCACUGUGAGGGAAGGCACCAAAGUUCAGUCCUCUUCCUCUGUUCACCCAUGGUCGGGGCCUAUUGGUCGCCGCAACGGCGGCCUGAUGUUUCAGGCCCUCCAACGGAAGAACACUCUCAGCGGCCCGGGGCCUCUAAAUUGGCCACUUCCUUCCUCACGGCCUCCGAAGUCGACAGGCCGAGCUGGGCGGAGAUUCAGCGCUGGCAAACUCGGCGAGAGAUCCCAGGCUCCGCGAUGUCAAAGUCAGCGCCGUCAGCGGCUGAAAAGUCAGCGCCACCAGCAGCGGGAUGCUCCUGCUGCCCGUGGCUGGAAGCUCUACAGAACACAGCUCCAUGGUGUUCAAAGCCGGCAGUCCCAGCACUCCGGAGCUCCAACACGGCAAUUCCCGGGCAUUUGAUGGGGAAAAAGAGUGUGGACGAUACGCUUUAUGGCUACACCAACAGUGAGAACGUGAUAUAUCCUAUUCUGUCAGGAAUUGCUAAGCAGCCAGAAGACAACGUGCCGUGGGCUGAGGCAGCCAAGAAUUUCCUAAAUUUGUGGGAGGAAACCUCAUCUACAAAUGUUCGGAAAUCAAGGGAAGACAUUCCCAUAUUUAACAAGCAACCUUUGCAAACAAAUGACUACAACCUCAAAGAGAUGGUGGAUUAUCUUCUGCAGUUUAUGAACAUGAAGGAUGAAACCCCAAGUUGAAGAUGCAAUAAGAAUUCAGUCACAAAUGAAUCUAGAGACUAUGGUGUUUUGUUUUUCUCCAAAUGUUUAGCUCCACCAAAUACCAGACUAAAUUGUUUUUGUUUUAAAAUAAAUGAAUGUUCCUGUACCUCUGAACAUUAACUAAAUGAUUUUCACACAGCAGAUUAUGUUUUGAUGUUUUUAAUGUAAAUAAGCGUACUCGGCAGGUCUUCCAAUAUAAAGAUCAUACUGUUAUUUAUUUUGGUGUUUUAUAAUAAUUCAGCUUUUGGUUUGCAGCUAAAUUAUGAAUUAAAGAAAUAAAAUCUUGAUUCAUAUCAUUUUAAUUUGUAAACUCAUGUAAUUAAAGCCCAUUUAAAACUAGAUGAUAGGCAACAUUAUCUGUUACUAUCAGUUGUACACCAUCUGAAUAUAUGUUGUAUCCAACUUUCUACCAAUAACCCUACCAAAUCCAUUAUAAAUGGCACAUUUCAUGUUACUCAGAAAAUUAAAUUAUGGACAAUUAUUUCAAUAGAAUUUAUUUAUUUAACGUCAAGAGGCAAUACACAUGG